CAUUUUUUUUGUACCUCUACACGUCAUGGUAAUUCGUGUUUUCUGCGGAAGUUGACAGCAUUGCCAAUUAAAAAAAUACCCACAACAACGCAACGUGCUCACAAAAAAAAGAAGAAAAAAAAACGCGCUGGUGGAGAGAUGCGGGAAACUUCGGGAAGGAAGCCGUGAGUGCGUCACCGUCUCAAACCACCAACCAAGUGAUGAUAAUGUGCCCGUUCGGGCCCGAGUUUGUUUACAGUUGGGCACGCGCAGCUAGCAAACACUAUUGGUGUGCUAGCUUCACCUCAGCGCUGAUACCCGGGCCAGCUAUCCGCUGAUGUUUUACGUCAAAACCGUGCCAGCCCUCAAACGGGCGAGGGCGGACAUCCACUUUAAACGGUUAGUCUUAAACCGAGCAGUACGUUGCACCGUGACCUCCAGUUCGACGGCCCAGACGGAGCAUGACGGUGUCAGAAUCCGCGGCGGGUCAGAGUGUCCCGGACUGUCUGGGAGAGGAGGGAGAAGGAGAGAAGGCACCGCCGCCGCCGCCGCUGCUAAUGAGAUCUCCGUAGACUUUGAGCAGACCCGGGAGGCUUACAAGAGCAAAGACUCAUUAGAGCUUCUCAGAAGUUUGGUGGUUUUCAAACUUUGUUCAUAUGACUUCCUGGUUGAUAAGAACAAAGAGGUAAUGGAUCUGGCUAAGAAGAUUCUAGGCCAGAAAACCUUUGACCAGUUCAUGAAGAUGACAUUUUAUGGUCAGUUUGUGGCUGGUGAGGACCACAAUGACAUCAAGCCACUGAUUCAGAAGAACCACUCCUACGGCGUUGGCUCUGUCCUGGACUAUAGUGUUGAGGAAGACAUCAGUCAGGAGGAAGCGGAGCGGAAAGAAAUGGACUCAUGUGUGUCUGCUGCAGAGAAAGAGAACAUAGGCAAGGACCACAGAGAGAGAAAAUAUCAAGCGCACAAACAAUUCAGCGACCGCCGUGGGGGAGUGACCGGAGCCCGCACAUAUUUCUAUGCUGACGAGGCCAAAUGUGACCAACAUAUGGAAACCUUUAUCAAAUGCAUCAAAGCGUCUGGUGGGAGUUCAAUGGAUGGUUUUUCUGCCAUCAAAAUGACUGCACUAGGACGACCUCAGUUUCUGCUCCAGUUCUCAGAGGUGCUGGUGAAAUGGCGGCGGUUUUUCACCUUCCUAGCGUCACAGCAGGGUAAAGAUGGCUUGGAGGCCUUAGAGCAGAGGCUGGAGCUUACACAACUGCAGGAGUUCAUGACCAAACUGGGUGCAAAUGGUGACUUCUAUGGCUGGUUUAAAGGAAGGAAAGAGGACUCGACAGGAUGCAUUGACAUGCUUGACUGGAACAGCCUAAUAGAUGACAGAACAAAGAUAUCGGAUCUGCUUGUUGUUCCAAAUGUAGAGCUAGGUAAGCUGGAGCCUCUGCUGGGGAAGUUCACUGUAGAGGAGGAUCAACAAAUGAAGCGGAUGUUACAGCGUGUAGAUGUCUUGGCGAAGCAUGCCCUAGAGAGUGGUGUUCGUUUGAUGGUGGAUGCAGAGCAAACCUAUUUCCAGCCAGCCAUUAGCAGACUAACACUGGAGAUGCAGAGGACCUACAACGGAGAAAAGCCUGUCAUUUUCAACACCUAUCAAUGCUACCUAAAGGAGGCCUAUGACAAUGUAACUAUGGAUGUAGAAUUGUCUCGACGUGAGGGUUGGCACUUUGCUGCCAAGCUGGUGCGUGGGGCCUACAUGUAUCAGGAGCGAGAAAGGGCCAAAGAGAUUGGAUAUGAAGACCCUAUUAACCCUGACUAUGAGUCAACCAAUAGGAUGUACCACAGGUGUUUGGACUAUGUGUUGGAUGAGAUUGCACUCAACAGAAAAGCAAAUGUAAUGGUGGCUUCCCACAAUGAAGACACAGUGAAACACACCUUAACAAGAAUGAAUGAGCUGGGUCUCAUUCCCACAGAAAACAAGGUAUACUUUGGUCAGCUACUGGGCAUGUGUGAUCAAAUCAGCUUCCCACUGGGCCAGGCAGGCUUCCCUGUCUAUAAGUAUGUUCCCUAUGGACCAGUGAAUGAGGUAAUGCCCUACCUGUCUCGGAGAGCACAGGAGAACCGAGGCUUCAUGAAGGGGGCCCAGAAGGAGAGGGAACUGCUUUGGAAAGAGCUGAAACGGAGACUUGCCUCUGGAGAGCUUCUUUACAAACCAGUGUACUGAAAAGAACAAAAGAUUUAGUAAAGAUUAUUGAGGGUUUCUUUAUCUGGUUCUUUAGUUAGUGUCCAUCAUCAUAGCUGCCUGUGCUGUCUUUUUUAAGCACAUCUCUUGUUUUAAUCUAUAUUUUGAAGUUUGUUUGUUUUUUUUUACUGAUGGACUAUUUACAUAGGUCACUAGUUUUUCUUUUUCCUACUAGUGUUUUUCAGCAUUCUGCUCUUGCAGGAUUUUAUCCACCUUCACUCCAUUCACUCCUUCUGUUCUGCACCUCUACAUCCAUAAGCAUUUCUCAUUUUGUUUUCCCACUGUCUGUAGAGCUCUAAUAUCCAUCAUAUGGGCAACUUUACUGCUCCAGAAGGACUUCCUAAAAUGUCAACAAGACUGGGCUGGGCAUCUUUUUUUAUUGCUCUAUUUAUUUUCAAGGAGAACGGGAAUCAUAAGAAUAACAUGCUUGAUAUAAAUGUUAGCAAAGUAAACUAUAUAGGUAUAUCUACUGUAUAUGUGCUUCUCAGUACUGUAUGUUUGUUUUUGAGGUUGCACUGACAUUUUUAAAACAAUACAAGUUUAUGUGUCAUGAAGAAGUAUAACUGCCUCAUCAAAGCACAUCUCUCUUCUUCAUCCUUGUUAUUAUAUUCACUAGGAGAAGUUAUAUUUUUGCCCACAGUAUGUGUUCUAUACUCAGACUGAAAGUUUCCCCAAUUUUGGUCAAUUCAUGUCCAAAUCUUGAUUUUAAAUCCAACUCUUAACUUAAUUCAGAUCAAUCCCAGAUCUCUUAACCAUCUGUCUGCUCAGUCUCAUAAGUAAUUGUUAAACAUAUAGUUUUUAAUUCUUGAUCAAUCUUUUUGAUGAUGAGCUUUGUAACUGUAAAGCAAAUACAAUAAUAUCAACAAUAAUUUCAUCCUAUUAGUCUUAAAAGGUUGAUUAAGUAUUUUCUUGGCUUUAUCACUGAAGUGUAUCUCCGUUAUAGUUUCCUACCUAUUAAUAGUUUUCUUCCCUUCCUGUGAUUGUGGUUCUGUUUCUAUGGUUAAUAGGCCGAGUACUGAUGCCAUGCUGGUGGAGAAGUGAACGUUUAAAUCUGGGUCUCUGUUAUAUUGGAAUUGUUGAGGCUCUUUCUCGUUGUUUGUGGCUUGUUGAUGUGGGCACUUUGUCUUGUUUCUCCAUUUUGACUGAUCUACAGCAUGCCCUUAUCCAUUUGGGGUGUCUAUAAAGCAAGCUAAAUCUGGUCUCAAGAGGCUGAAAGCCCCCUGAAUCUGGCAUUGAUAUCUGUUUUUCUGGUCUGUCUGACAGACUGGACCUCUUACAACAAAGAUACCUCCUAGCAUGUUGGAGCACUAUCUAUUACAUUAGACAACUGUGUGCAAUUCUGAUUUUUGACAAUGUAAAUAUGUUUAACUCAGAAUGUAUUUGUUGAAUUUGCAUCUUACCAAAUAUGCUUGUGAAAUUGCUAAAUAUGUGAAUAUAAAGUAUGUGAAGUCAUGCA